AUGGAGAAGACUGGAGCAUUGGGUCAAAGCGCGACGAUCAUGAUGAGAACUAUGGUCGGAUCGAUUCCAUGGAUGGCUCCUGUUAAGGCUGCAAGAAAUCCAUCCAUCUUGACCAGGAGCAUCUUCUUGAUCGGAAAAAAUGACCUCGUUGUAAGGAGGAAAGCGGGAAUAUCACCCAGAUGAGUGGACUCAAGAAGAUGGAUUUCUUGCGCUAAUCCUGAGGUGUUGACCAAUCAAGGCUACAAGAAAAGUGCGGAUAUAUGGAGUCUUGGAGGACUGGUGAUCGAAAUGGCGAGUGGCAAACCGCCAUGGAGCGAAAAGAAAUUCGAUAAUCCGAUAGCAUUGAUGAUGGCGUUGAGUAUGGUUAUGGCGCGCCGUAGUAUUCUUUAAUUCAUCCGAUAGCUGCAUUGAUGACGGCGGUACGUAUGUAUGGGUACUGUGGCAAAAGCAUCACGACUACACCUACAAGAGUCUGUAUUGCGUGGUGAAUAUUACUUCCCAUUUUAACAUCUGAAUACUUCCCAUUAAAAUCUUCCGACAAGCACAAGGAGUAUUCACUUAGGGACGAUAGUAGUCUUCUAAUAGACAUGGCUUUCCUCCCCACCGCUCUACCCUCUUUUCUUCAUUCUCCGCACCGCUCUACCCGACAUGCCUAGCGAUAACCCUGCUUUCCAAGAGGAUGGUCGAAAAUUCGUUCAGGAUUGUCUCCACAGGGACCAAAACCAGCGACCGAGUGCUAUGGAUUUGGUGGACUACGACUUUGUGCGUGAUUGGAUGCGAGAAUUAGGGCAAAAACCAGUCUUAGUGACUUCUUCGAAUCGGAUAGUGGAAGAGUUUUCAGAAGUGGUGGAGUUUUAUAGAGGUGGUGGUUGA